UCAUUCUGGGCGAAAAUUGUCAGUGAAUCGAAAUUAACAGAAAUUUCGGAAAUUCCGCUAGUUCAACACAAUUUAAAACAACCUAAAAUUGUCAGUGAAAACAGGGGAACAAAGGGAUAAAAGUUCGUACCGUGUGCGUGUGAUAAAAGUUCCCUCUGUGUGUGUGUGUGGGUCUGUGAGAGUGUGUGCGCGCAAAAAGAAUAGAGAAAGCAAAGCAUCCCGAAGGAGUGGCACACAAAGUGUUUGCAUAACUUAACUCGCGAUAACCACCCACCAAUAACUUGAUUAAAUUCCCCGAAAUCUCGACGAAGGCGCGGACUGAAGAAAUGGAUACGCGGAAAGGACAUCCACGGUGGUGAAUUUUCAGUGUGGCGCUUGUCAAUUGAGGCGUGGUCGCGCCAAUCCAUUUUGUCAUGGAUUCCGUCCAGACAGCCCAGUGUAUCGUGUGUUCCGUCGUCGUUUGCGUCCUGCUCAUCAUCGCGGGCUUUGUCAUAUUCAUCCUCAGUGUGUUUGCCUUUGCACCCCUCGUGGAUAAGAUGCAGCUCCGCCUUAUAGAGAUCAAUGUGACCACCACGGAGAGGGAUCCCAUUCUCGAUUACGACUAUGGUUGAGCUGGAGGCAACACUUUCCCUGGACUUGUUCCCUUUUUGAUUGAAGAUUUCUCAUGAUAUUCUGCCAAAGGAUUGACUUUAUACUCAUUAUAAAUAUACUAUUUUCCGUGUAGGUCAAUUAGUGGAUGAGUUAUAAAUACACGUGCAUAAUAUUUUAAUA